GGCGUUGAGCGUCGUGAUAUCUAUGGGCGCCAGUACCCCAGCAAACAAAUGUACUCGAUAAUAUAACAAAUCAAAAGUUUGUACUGAAAUCUCGAACAUAUUUUGUGUUUUUUCUAUGUACCUACUGGCCGACUAGACAACUUGUGAAUACAAAGAUUUUAAAUUACCUAUUUUGGUUUUUAAUUAGUACGCGUAUUAAACAACCACAAUACAAAAAAAUACGAUGUAUUUUACUUAUAUUUCGAAUUAAGUUUUAAAUUAUUAACUUGAAAUCUGGUCUUGAAGACAUUCUUUAUUAUAAAUAGAAUUAGCAUAAUCUAGACCCAGACUAAAACAAUAGAGGCUGGAAAUAAUUAGUGUUCCACCCGAUAAUUUUUACUACCUGCUUAUUUCUUCCAUUAUACUGUUGAAACUCAAACCAGUCUCAAGGUGAGUGGCCGCUCCACGCUGUGAUGUCUGGGCUUAACAGUAACUGACUCACCGCGAGUUGGCUCACCCGUCUGUACAAUAAAAAAAAGAAAAUGACUCUCUCCUAUCUUACCGUGAACUAAGAAAUAAAUUUAACAGGGCAUAUGCAUAUCAAAACCAAUAUUUAUUAAUGCUCAAAAUUAGCGCACCUAUGAAGUUUGAAACUACGAAAACUCAAAAUUGACAAAACAUCUAGAACAAGUUUCUGAUAUAAUCGUUACUGUAAAUGAUUACGAAUUUGUCGAGUCUCAGUUUGAUAGCUACAAGCAAGCCGUUUAGACUGGCUUGCCUUAAUACGUAUACAGAACAUACGGCACGUGCACGUAAAUUCAAGAAAUUUAAUUGCUUUAAGUUAGAAUUGGUGAAAUGUGGAUAAUAUUAUAUUUGCCGUUUAUAUUGUGCACGAUUCUUUAUGCAGUGACCGCAUUGUACGGACACAGAUUGAAACGCCUAAAUUAUUAUUUUAAAAUUUUUCUAUUCUAUUUUUUGAUUUUCCUAAGUUCUAUUGUUGUUAUACCGCCGUUCUUGCUGAGACCGAGGGACGUAAAGAAUGGAACCAUUUACGCUCGUGUGAUGAAGCAUAUGAACAAACUAUUGGGUAUUGAAUGGCACAUUCGAAACGGAGAAUAUCUGUCUGGCGACUACGGAGCCGUCAUCUUAAAUAACCAUCAAUGUAUUUUCGAUGCACUCGGGAUGUUCAAUGCGUGGGAAAUAGCGGGAAAAAUGUGUGUAAUAAUGAAGAAAGAAUUAUUUUACGCCGGUACCUUCGGAAUAGCAGCUUACCUGGGCGGCGGGAUUUACAUAGAUAGAAAAAACGCAAAAAAUGCUCAUAAAACCAUCCAAGACACCAACGAAGCAUUAACUAAAAAUAAGACAAAAAUAUGGAUAUACCCCGAAGGAACGAGAAAUAAGAAUCCAAACAGAAAAUUACUGCCUUUCAAGAAAGGGGCAUUCCAUAUGGCAAUUCAGUCGCAAGCUCCAAUCAUUCCCGUUGUAUUCUCGCCGUAUUAUUUUAUGGACAGUAAAACGUUUACUUUUGACAAAGGUCAUAUUAUUAUCCAGUGCUUAGAGCCUAUACCUACAGCUGGUUUGACGACAGACGAUAUCGGAAAACUAUCUGACCGGAUACAUGAAAGCAUGUCGAGUACCUAUGAAAAACUCUGGGACGAAAUUAUGACCAAAAAUAAGUGAAAUACGCUAUUUUAAUUGCAAGCGCUUAUAAAGAAAUCAAUUUGUUAUUUAAUUAUUACUCAGAUUCACUUUCUCACAAACAGCCGGUUAAUAGACGUACCUAUAUACGUUUUUAAUUUAUUUAUUGAUUUAAAGUUAAUAUUUAAGACAUUUCCAAAUGGUGUGGUUGGUGGUUUUCAAGGUUUUCUUCCCGUUUUAGCGCUAGGUUUCCGGCAGGGCCUAAGAUAUAAAUGCAAAUCGUAAAAAGUCAUGUGCUGAUAGGCGAAAUAUUCCGGACAUUGAUAACAGCAACCUUUAUCAGCACCACUACCAAGAGUCUGAAAGAAACAUAGGAAAUUAAGUUAUAACCGGUGUGUGUGUAAAAUUGUUUUCGAAUUACAACGAAACAAUCGUAUCUACUCGCUACAAUGAAAUAAUAAAAUGCCGGCUAAUUAGGUAACAUUUUGAUCUACAUCCAUAUAAAUAUGUAUUAUAAAUUUAAAGUAACUUUAGGUUAAGGUAGUUUUUAUGUUAAUUUUGAGUUUUUGUUUUAUUAUUAUUACUAUUUGAUUUUUUGUUUUUAUUAUUAUUAUUAUUGCUUUUGUUUUAGUGCGAGAUUGUAGUUAUUAUUUUUAUUUAAUUCUAGUAUAAAUGAAAUGUUAAUGAGUGUAAUAUGGAUGCAAAUUCUGAAGUAAAUGAAAAAUAUAAAAAAAGAAUAAAAAAAUGAAAAACCA